AUGCACAAAACAGUNCCUUCGGCUCCCAAGUCAAAGCUAGCGAAUGGCCGAACCGUAACAAACCUUGCCACCUACAACCACUUCAACUUCAUCAACUCGGAAGCCAUUAAAGAGGCUGCUGUCAAGACUCUGCGCGCUUAUGGUGUCGGUCCCUGCGGUCCUCCUGGUUUCUACGGUACUCAGGAUGUUCACCAAACCCUCGAAGCCGACAUUGCCGCUCACCUGGGUACACCCGCUGCCAUUGUAUAUGCCCAGUCUUUCAGCACUAUCUCAUCCGUCAUUCCUGCCUUCUCCAAGCGCGGCGAUAUCAUCGUUGCCGACAAGGCCGUCAACUUCGCCACACGCAAGGGUAUCCAGAUUUCGCGCAGUACAAUCCGGUGGUACGAACACAAUGACAUGGAAGAUCUUGAGCGCGUGCUCGCGAAACUAGUCAAAGAGAACGCUCGUAAACCCCUGACUCGCCGUUUCAUCAUCACCGAGGGUCUCUUCGAGAACGUAGGCGAUGUUGUCAACCUCCCCAAGCUCAUUGAACUCAAGCAAAAGUACAAGUUCCGCAUCAUUCUGGACGAAACGUGGUCAUAUGGUGUGCUGGGCCGCACAGGUGGCGGUGUUACCGAGCAACAGAAUGUGGAUGCCAGCCAGGUCGACAUGAUCAUCGGUUCGCUCGCCGGUUCUCUGUGUGGUGGAGGUGGCUUCUGUGCUGGUAGCGAAGAAAUCGUCGAACAUCAACGCCUCUCUGGUAACGCGUAUACCUUCUCGGCCGCGUUGCCUGCUAUGCUUGCGACCACUGCUAGCGCAACCACUAGGAUGCUGCAAGAACAGCCUGAACUUCUAGUCGCAUUGAGGGAGAACGUCCGCGCUAUGCGUGCCCAACUGGAUCCACGCAGCGACUGGGUUACUUGCACCAGUGCUGUUGACAACCCUGUCCUGAUGCUCAUUUUGAAAGAAGAAGUGCUUGAGAGCAGGCAGCUGAGUGCACCAGAGCAGGAUCUCAUCAUGCAAGAUAUUGUCGAAGAAGUAAGCUAG